AUGUCUUCCGGUGGCAAGUCAGGCGGCAAGUCCGGUUCUGAGUCCAAGUCUUCCUCCAGGUCCUCCAAGGCCGGUCUUCAGUUCCCCGUCGGUCGUAUCCACCGUCUCCUCAAGAAGGGCAACUACGCCCAGCGUAUCGGUUCCGGUGCCCCCGUCUACCUCGCUGCCGUCCUUGAGUACCUCGCUGCCGAGAUCCUCGAGCUCGCCGGUAACGCUGCCCGUGACAACAAGAAGUCGCGUAUCGUACCCCGUCACCUCCAGCUCGCCGUCCGCAACGACGAAGAGCUCAACAAGCUCCUCGGCUCGGUCGUCAUCUCCCAGGGUGGUGUCCUCCCCAACAUCCUUUCCGAGCUCCUCCCCGCCAAGACCGCCAAGAAGGGUGGUGCCAAGGCUUCCCAGGAGGUUUAA